AUGAAAGAGGCUUGAGAGAAAAUGCAUAAGCUGGUCAACUCUAAAGAGUACAUGAUCCUCCUGUACUUGAUCAGUUUUGCCAUCAUUUUUGGUUUGUUGAUCUGGAGAAUGAUCGUGGGAGGUACCUCAGCUUUGCUGAUUUACCUCUUUGUCAACUGUAACCUAACCUUGGGAGCUCUCGUCCAUUUCAUUGUCCUUUGGAUAAUGACAGAUGAAGAACAUGAAGAUAAACUCUGAAGUGAAGAAGCGAAGACUUUCUUCUAUAUCACUGCAGCUAUAAGCGGUUUGGUUUUUGGACCAGCUUACUUGAUGAUUGUGUUUAAUAAUGAUGAAGAUUAUAAUUCUGAAAUUCCGUUUUGAUCCUCGGGAAAUUGUGAUAUAGUUGCUUUAAGAGUUUUAUGUAGUUUUUGUAUAUGUCAGUUAGGACUGGGUAUUGCCCUACCGAUUGUCUAUGACCAACAAAUGAAUGCUGGAUUUUGGGUUGGUCUUAUGUUUAUUACUUAUUUGGAGCUAUUUUGCUACUCUGUUUAUUUACAGACUAGAUAUUAUUUGUUUAAAGUUCAUUGGCUUCCUUAUGUUCAUCCUCUCACUUGGAUCUUUUAUGUUUGCUUUUUGAUAUUCUAAAAAUUACCAUAUUCUUAAGUGAGUUCGUUUUAGAGGAGACUAGGAGGCAUACAUUAGUAUCUGAAGUUCAACAUCAUGACUGAGAGCCGUUAUAUUAAGCUUUAAUGCCUAAAUCAUUGAACUUUUGGCUCAAUAUUUAAUAGACUUUUAGAAUUUUUACCUCAUUUUGGGUGGUUUCUAUGAGAUUACUUCAAUAAUGCUGCAUCAACCUUGAUCUUCAACCAAUAAAGCCCCAAUUAUCUACCCCUUCUCUUUUCUAUGUCCUACUCCUCUUUUGCAAGGAAAACUGUGCUUCAAAACAAACUGAGAACAACCAUGUUAUUGUUUCUGUACGUCCAGGGUCAAGAUUAGAACCAGGAACAACAACAGUAAUCAAGAAAAAAGUUGAAAUUACAGUCGACCAAUAUCCACUCCCUAAUCCCGAUUCAUCAAUGGGAGAACUCUUGAAGAAGAACCAGAAAUGCUCGAUAUGCUUGGACAGAUUAGAAGAAUCAAUGAGUAUUACCAAAUCAAAAUGCGGACACAUGCAUCAUUCUAAGUGUUUCAGACUAUGGCUAGAAAGAAAAAGGGACUGUCCUGAUUGCAAAAAGAAG